AAAUCGUGAAGCAAAGAUUCUCAAUUAGGGUUCAGGAUCUCUCAUAAAGAUCCUCACGCAGAUCUUUUGGUUUGGCUCCUCGAUGGCAGCCCAAAUUGUGAUUUGUGAUUGCUGCUGAUAUUGCCAUCACAUUGGAUUGGAAAGAAGAAGAAGAAAAUGAAGAUCCUGACAAGGCUGGCAGUGCUGUUUGUCGCCACUGGCAGUGUCAUGUUGGCUGACAGUAGUAACAAUGAGGAGGCAACGACAACGACAACGACAACGAAGAAGAAACCCCAUGUUCUGUUGAUUGUGAUGGACGAUCUCGGUUCUCAUGAUUUGGGUCGUCAUGGAUCGGGCAUUCACACUCCCACAUUGGACGCAUUGGCGGCCGAAGGUGUGUACAUGGACCAAUACUACGUGCUUCCGUAUUGCAGUCCCACCCGGGCAGCCCUGUUGUCCGGUCGGUAUCCUCUUCACACGGGAUGUCAUCAAGUCAUCACCUAUGAUUCGGUACAAGGAUUGCCACUGGACGAAGAAACACUGGCGCAAGUCAUGCGUCGCGCCGGAUACAAGAGUCACGCCGUGGGGAAAUGGCACGUUGGAUACGCCGAUUGGAAAAUGACUCCCACUUUUCGAGGAUUUGAAACCUUUUUUGGAUUCUACACGGGAGGCGAAGAUUACUUUGCCCAUCGGAAUGGAGCCAGAGCUUACGAUUUGAGAUGGGACAAGGAGGAAUUUUGUGGUCACGGAUGCAGUAGACUGCCGGAUGAACGAGGCAAUUAUUCCACGCAAGUCUUUACGCGAGAGGCCAUGCGAGUGAUUCAACAACACGACAACAGUAGUGACAAUGACCAUCCAUUGUUCCUCUACUUGGCAUACCAGGCAGUCCAUGCACCUGACGAAGUCCCCGAAAAGUACCGGCGGCGCUACGACCACAUAGCCAAAAAGCUGAAAUGGGACAAACGACGGCAGACGUAUGCGGGCAUGUUGACGGCCGCCGACGAAGGGAUCCGUCAUGUCGUACGGGCAUUGAAACGCAAGGGCAUGUGGGAGGAUACGGUAGUGGUGUUUACCACUGACAAUGGAGGGCCCACUGCCGUUUGCGCCAUUCAGGGAUCCUCCAAUUAUCCCAAGAGAGGAGGGAAAUGUACACUCUACGAGGGAGGUACAACGGGGGAUGGAUUUGUGGGUGGACCUGCGUUGGCGACCCAUUGGAAGGUUCCGGGAGGUCACAAUCGAACAUAUCCACAUCUCUUUCACGUGGUAGACUGGUUGCCGACAAUCGCCGCCGCGUCGGGUGUAGCUCCGAAUGGCAAGCCAUUGGAUGGAGUCAACCAUCUGGGAGCUCUGCAAAACCAUAACAAUAACAACCAAGGCACAACAACAACCCAACAGCCACCCAGAGAGGAACUCUUUGUGGGGUAUUCCUACGUCCCCAUCAAGGGCGGACAGUGGUAUGGGCCGGCGAUACGCUAUCAAAACUGGAAAUUGAUUCAAGGCGACAGUGGUGGCCCCGAAGAUCCCGACCAUUUCCCUCCGGGCACUAAGGAACCGGUCGAUGGAGGCAAUACCUCGGUGAGCUACAGCCUGUACGAUUUGGCACAAGAUCCCAACGAGCAACACGACGUGGCCAAAGCAAACCCCAGCAUGGUUCGGAAACUGCAAGCCAAGUUACGACACUACCAAGAAACCUAUGUGCCACCACAGCCAAACCAGGAUCCAUCCUGUCCUUUCCCAGGGCCGACCCACACGGAAGAAUUUGGUCUUGUGUGCACGCCGUGGUGUGACAAGGCGCAGGAGAUUGUUGUGUACGCAUGAAACAACAACCAGAGUUGAUUGGUGGCUAAUAACAAGUCUCUUUUCGUUCAAGACUACUACUGGCCUAGCUAGCUAGCCAAGCUCGUCGGAAUCGGUGUUGCUUCGUAUUACUUAAUCAUUGAGAGUCCCAACAAUGACCAACGCCGUGAAACUCAUCGCAGACAUGCCUGCGAGUUGUUCCAACGUCCCCCAGGGCUUUUGCGCCUCGCUGACUUCAAAAAACUUGAGCAAGACUGGUACGAAACAAAUGGCUGUGAAACCAACCACCUUGACAGGAUCCACGCCGUUGGCCAAAAGACCCGUUGUCAUGGCGCUGGCAAACAUGUAGGCUCCAUCAAUGCUCAGUAUCUCCUUGAUCAGGGGAUCUUCAGACAGAAAGAAUUUAUUUGGUUUGUGCCAGAGCACCACAGAUGAUGAGACCUAUGCUGUCACGGCAUUGAACGCUCCAACACGAGCAUCGCACUUACCAGGACCCACUGAAAUGGAAGUUCGUUUAAGGAUCGUGUCUGGUUUCAGAUACAGGUACAAGCCAUGGAUUCCAAGGACAAUCGAGGCCACCUUGGUCAGUGCUAGCGCGUCACCAGAUCCUGAAAAGAGAGAAUAGACAAUCAAAACCAGGACGGCCCAAGCGACACCAAACGCCUUCAAGGUCAUUCCAACCACACGUUCGUCGUUUGCAAGCAUCAUGAGCGUCAUGGAGAGAAUGCGAGCCGCAACGCCAUACCCAAUGGCUCUUUCUACAGAAGUUUUCCCCGAGAGUGCCAACAGGUUGGCAGCUGCGAUUGUUGCUGCUGAUGCACCAAUGCCGUGGAGAUACUUGUGUGACAACGAAUCUUUCGGAAUAUAAAUUCCAAACCAAGACAUUGAUGUUUGCGGCAUGAGAGUGCCACAAAUGGCAUCACCACCAGCCAAGACGCUGAAAGCUGUGGCGAGAGUCUUGCCUUUUACGGGCCCCAAGUCGCCCCCUCGGAGGUUCACGAUGGUUCGCUUCGCGUGGACUGACGAAAUCUUCCGAGAUGGCUUCGGCAGCCCACGAGCGCUGCUUACAAUCCGCAGCAGCGCAAGUAGGAUGCAAAUCUUCCUCUCCAUGGUGGCACUUUGUGGAGGUCGUGGCGACAAGUAAAUGAGAAUGCUGGAUGUCAGCGACACACCCAUAAUGUCAAACACUCGUGAUUGCACCAUCAGUCCACCAAGACCAACGCAAAAUUCAGUGCCUCCUACUGCAAUCUUGUCACAACCCUCUUCCUUGCAUCGCUUCCAUCCAUCAUGAUCAACGCAAAAGUCAGUGCCUCCUCCUGCACCCUGCUUGCAUCCCUCUUUUGACAUCGCUGCCACUUGGUUUCUUCUUUUGCAAAUAGGUGAUUUCAUGGAGCAUGAUACGCAGAUGGUUGACAUAACAAUACCUUAAGGAUAGAUCCCCAACCUCUCCCAUCAGGGAUACCCUCCGACCUUGCUUGUCACCCGGAAACAGACAGUUAUCAACCAAUCUGCUUUGACUGGGGGAGAUUUCGGGCUACAUGAGUCAGAGUCAGCCUGCAUAAUACGUGCAGUGCGCAGUGUUGCACUACUGCAGUUUAGAGCCAAUGAAGUGGUCUCCUGCCGAUCACUGCAAGUUUCCAUGCUCAAACCUUGCUGUCACGGUGCCACCAAUGUCAUUGUGCCGACUAAGACAACCGACAAAGAAGUCAAGCUGCCCCCAAACACAAAAGAUUCCCCUGAAGGCUCGGAGCAAGGGCUGAUGUGCGGACGGACCGCAUUGCAACAAUGGUGGACCGCGCAGAUCACGACUUAGUUGGGCAAUCGGAGCUUCUGUUUUACGCACGCCUAGCCUCACGAGUCAAUUCAAAGAGGCAAGCUUGAAGGGGAUCUUUACGAUCCAAGUCUAUGGAGCAAGGGCUCAGAACGAAGCACCGGAAAGGAGCAGAUGGAAUGGACUCUUAUAUCCUGUCGACUGCUACCACGGUGCUUACAAUGAAACACGUGACAAAGACAAUACGGGAAGGUGUACUCGCUUAAGUAACGAGUUGUACGACGAGUCAUUCACGGUCUUAGGUGACCAAGCUUAACUGAGUCCCACAUCUGGCUUGGAUUGCUUUGGACUUGAGCUCUGGCUCUUGGCGGGAAAAGAUCUUUCUCGGUUCCCACAAUCGUU